AUGCCUGUCACAGGUCUAGGGACUUCGCUCUCCAAACCCCAAGAUCUGAAAAAUGCUGUUAAAUAUGCAAUCAGCGUGGGAUAUCGCCACUUUGAUUGUGCUGCAAUAUAUUGCAACGAAGAUAUCAUUGGCGAUGCGAUAAAUGACGCCAUCAGCAAAGGGGAUGUUAAAAGAAGUGAUUUGUUUAUAACAAGCAAACUUUGGUCUGCGUUCCAAUCACCUGAACAUGUUAAAGAAGGUUUAGCUUUAAGUCUUCGCAAGCUAAAGCUGGAUUAUUUGGAUUUGUUUUUGAUACAUUGGCCCUUUGGACUGAAAUACGAUGGAAAGGCUCUUAAACGAGGUUCUCAUUCGCCAUUCGAUGAGUCAAUAGAUUACGUUGAUACGUGGAAGGUUUUUGAAGAGAUUUAUAAAUCUGGUGAAGUUCGAGCAAUCGGGAUAUCAAAUUUUAACCUCGACCAACUCAGUCGUCUGCUAGGUCAUGCACAAGUCAUUCCCGCAGUACAUCAGAUAGAAUUUCAUCCUUAUUUGGAUCAAAAACAAAUGCUGGACUUUUGCAAGUCAAAAGGAAUAGCAGUCACAUCAUACAGUCCUUUUGCAUCUCCUGGUAGACCAUGGGUCAUAAAAGCAGGAAUAAACGUUCUCGAUGAUCCCGUCUUGAAACAGUUGGCGGAAAAAUAUAAAAAAUCAGUUGGACAAGUCAUAAUUCGGUACUUGGUAAACAGAGGCACGUCAGUCAUUCCUAAAAGUGUAAAUCCCAGAAGAAUCCAGGAAAAUUUCGAAAUAUUUGACUUCUCUCUUGAAGACCUUGACCUUGUCAAGAUCAAAGAACUCGAUAGGCAUUUGAGAAUAAUGCCCUGCAAAGAUUCCUUUUUCGAAACUCAUAAAUAUUUUCCAUUUGAUCCCGCGGAACUCUUGCCACAAUAG